AUGAGGUUUUCGAUCGUUUUCACCGCCCUGGUGGCCACGGCAGUCACUGCCGCUCCGGUAGCGCAGUUGGAUAAGCGCAACACUCAUGGAGGUAUGGAAGCGGCUGUAGUCAUUGUCCGCGAGCCUCAAAACCGCCCACCAGCUCGGCCUGCAAGCGAUGGGAACCGGCCCCCACCGCCACCACCUCCUCCCCCUCCCAGUAAGCGGUCGACGGAGUCUGGAGACCAUCUUGUCUGGGCACGCCAGGACCGGCGUUCAGCCAGUCCGGCUAAUGGAAACCCACCGCCGCCACCUUUUCCACCACCAGACAAGAGAUAUGAGGAUACUGUGGAGGCUCACGACCUUGAACAGCGUCAGAACCGACGCCCACCUGCAAGGCCGGCCACAGGGGGCAAUCGAAACCCGCCUCCUCCGCCGCCACCUCCUCCCAACAAGAGGGCCGACUGUGUCGUCGAAGCACGCGACUUGGAAGAACGCCAGAAUAGACGUCCCCCAGCUAGAGUUGCUGGUGGGAACAACGGCAACCCUAGGCCGCCACCGCCGCCACCUCCACCGCCCAAGAACUAG